AUGGAAGAUAUAGUAAAAAUUUUACAAGUCAUACAAGAUGAUCUAUCAAAACAAAAACAAAGUAUGAAAGAGAUGGAACAAAAUAUUAAAGAAUCAAUUAACAACAAUAUCGAUGAAAAAUUCAACCUUAUCGAAAGCAAAACUAAACAGCUAGAAAUUAAAAUCGAACAACAGCAAAAAACCAUUGAUUUUUUAGAAAAACAGGCUAGAAGGAAAAAUGUUGUCUUUUUCGGGAUUGAAGAAAAAGAAAAAGGAUAUGAAAAUCUACUCUCUAUAAUCUUGGAUAUAAUAAAUAAUAAUUUGGAAAUACCUUGUCAGAAAUGGGAAAUAGAAAAUGUAAAUAGAAUCGGAAAAUAUUCUGGGAAAGUAAGACCAGUAGCUGUUACAAUAACUACAAUCAGCCGAAAAAUAGAAAUACUGAAAAAUGGGAAAAAGCUUAGUAAUACAAAUAUGUACUUAAAAGAAGUUUUUCCACCUAGUGUUUUACAGAAACGCAAAGACUUACAGGAAGAACUUGAACGCGAACGACAAACAGGAAAGAGAGUAGCUCUGCGCUAUGACAAAAUCGUAGAACUGAAAACACGCGGAUCACAACCCCGUACGCAUACGGAAAGAAACAAACUACUUAUGUCUAUGUCACCCGAGGAGGCAGAAAAAAAUAAUACAAAAACUACUAACGAAGGGACAAAACAUGUUUUUAAAAGAAACAAGUCACAAACCAUAACAGGCUUUUUACGCCCUUCACAGUUUAACCUUAACAACCAAACACCGUCAAACGUAGAUACCCAAAAAAAC